GUGAUGGAGUCGGCGCCCGCGGCGGCCCCCGGGCCUUCCUCCGCGCCCUCCCUCAGGGAGGAGCCGCUGUGCGCGGUGUGCUCCGACCCUUCCCCGGACGCCGUGACCCUGGACUGCGGCCACAACUUCUGCCUCCAGUGCGUGAGCCGCUGCUGGGCCGAGCAGCCGACGCCCGCCUGCCCCGCGUGCAGGGGGGGCGCCGCGCCGCCCCCGGCGCCGCGCACCCACCCCGCGCUCAACCGCCUGCUGGCCAACGUGCGGCUGGGCAAGGGCGCGGCGGGCCUGGGCCAGGGCGGGCUGGGCCGCCGCCCCGCGCGCCGCUGCCGCCCGCACCGCGCCGAGUUCUCCCACUACUGCUGGGAGGACAAGGAGCUGCUGUGCGGGACGUGCGGGGUCGACGCGCGCCACCAGGAGCACCGCGUGCAGUCGCUGGAGGAGGCCGCCCGCAGCGCCCGGGCCAAAUGUAAGAACAUGGAGCAUACACUGCAGCAGAAAACCAGGGCCUUCAGCAGCACGCUGAGUUCCUAUGAGGCUGUGGCCAAGCACAACCAGGAUGAGACUGCCUGGCUGGAAGGUCGCAUUCACCAGGAAUUUGAAAAGCUGCAAGAGUUCCUGAGGGCGGAAGAAAAGGCCACCCUGGACAUGAUGGCUGAGGACAGCAAAGAGAAGCAGCUGCUGAUGGACCAGAAGAUAAAGGAUCUCACACGGGGGAUGGAAGCACUGAACCGAGAGAUUAAGCGGCUGAAGAUGGAAAUGAGGGAAGAUGACAUUUCCUUUCUCCUGAAACACAAGGCCCGAAAACGCCGGCUCUUCUACAUUCUGGAUCCGGACCCCCUCCAGCCUGGCAUGCUCAUUGAUGUCUGCAAGUACCUGGGGUCUCUGCAGUACCGCGUCUGGAAGAAGAUGAUCUCCUUCAUUGAAGUUGUGCCCAUCACCUUGGAUCCAAACACUGCCUCUGGCUGGUUGUCGGUGCACGAUGACCUUGCAAGUGUCAGCAACCAAGCCUACUGGAGACCGGUGGGGAAUCCGGAUCGAUUUUCCUCAGCACCCGCCCUGAUGGGCUCCCAAGUCUUCUCGGAGGGCUACCAUGCUUGGGAGGUUUCUGUGGGUGAGCUGCAGAACUGGCGUGUAGGUGUGAUGCGGGUAGAGUCAGAGAUAGGAGAAGAAUGCUACACCCACAACUGCUUCUACGACACGCGCUCGGGCUUCUGGUACCUGUACCAUAUGCGGGGCCAGGAGGAUGACAUAUGCAUCGCCUCAGAGCAGGGCAUCGUCAUUCUGCCCCUGCCCAUGCCACACCGCCUGCGCGUGGAGCUCGAGUGCGAGGAUGGCGAGCUCUCUUUCUACGACGUUGGGCGCCAGUGCCAUAUCUACACCUUCCAUGCUUGCUUUGGAACGGUGCGGCCCUACUUCUACAUAGGGCCCCCUCAGGAGAACGAGGCCCAUGAGCCUCUGCGCAUCUGCCCCCUUCAAGUUACUAUCAGGGAGGAGCUGGACGGCUGA